GGGACUUGAACUGUAUGUAGUCAACUACAUGGAGACCAGCAACAUAGACAUUACGCUAACUGCUGGUCCCAGAAAAACACCAAUUUUUAACUAUGGUCACAUAUUUAGGUUCAUUAAAAAAUGAAAUUAUAGCAUUCUAUUUUUAUGAAUUAAUCAUUGAACAUUAUUUGUUAGUCUAAUGUAUGUAAUACACAGAUACUAAAUACACAAAAAAAGAUGACUCUGAAAUUUUACAGGGCAGUGGAGAGAAACACAUACAUACAACUUUGCAACAAUUUUAUGUUUUCAAAGAGUGUCAUGUUAAAGAUGUGUGGUUCUCUCUCCACAGGAGAAGACAAUAUAAUAGGACAUCCUAAAGGAGGAUGUUUUGGGCCAGUUUUUAAACGACUAUUAUGAGCUUACCAGAUGGGAACAGCUGUUUUUUGCAGAAAAAGCACCAUAUGAAAAGGCACACUAACAGGAGAAAUCAUGCUUUUAGAUUUUAUAACACUUAGAUAUGGUUGGAAUAUUAAGUACAUGGAAGAACAUGGUGAUAAAUAAUUUUAGGUGGAUAGGCAAGGGAAAAUUCAAGAAGAGCUUUCUUUGUAUGUUAUGGUAUCAGGAUUCUAGCAGAAAAGAUUAUACUCAAAUUAAUUCAUUUAUUAUUAACUAGUUAAUUAUGCUCUCAUUCUUUUCAAAAUAUUUUGAGAAGAAUGUAAUACAGAAACCAUUUUCAAAAGUGUGGGCAUGUGUAGGGACAAACUUCAGAAGUUGCCUGGAUAAGUGAGAGCCAAUGUUGUAACAAUCCUUGGAUUAAAGGGUUAGAAGGAAGAAAAGUUUAAUAAAGGAAACUAGAGCCAGAGAAGACUGUUUAGACAAGGAUGAAGUGAACAUGCAACAACUCUACUAGGUGGAAGCUGAAGGAGUAACAUAUAGCCUCACUCUUCUUCCUCCUCCUAACCCCUCUUGGUAUUUCCUAUCACUGACUUUGACCACAAGUGAGAGGGUGAGGGAGUUGGUUGGUGUAGGCCAUAGAGGUUAGUACCUCAGGACCCACUACAUUGUAGAAAAUGGUGGAGGGUAGCUCUAGAAGAGGUUAAUUCUCGGUAUUCUGCAAGUGCACACAUGAAAAAGCUAUGUUUGCAUUAUGGUUGAUUAUAGUCGCAUGCUAGAAUACUUAGGCAGCAAUAUAUAGGAUGGAAAUCUGGAAAGUGGGCACAUAAAUUCAAAGCUAUUUUCAUAACUAUGAAUUUGUGAGGAACUGUGGGAAUGAAAGACAAGAAAUUGAAUAAAUAUUUAGGAGGAAUAAUGACAUCUAGGUUGAUAUUUCAUUUUCUCACCACUUUCAGGAAAAUAAAGCCUUCUGUUUUCUGCCUCAUUAUGCUCUCUGCAUCUAUCCUUAAUGACACUACCUUCCACCCUUCCAUAUUUAUUCUACUUGGAAUCCCUGGGAUGCAAGACCAGCAUGCUUUGAUUGCUAUCCCCUUCUGCUCCAUGUAUAUCCUUGCCCUGGUUGGCAACAGUACCAUCCUCUACAUCAUCAUGACAGACAGAGCUCUGCACGAACCCAUGUACCUCUUCCUGUGCCUACUCUCUGUCACCGAUCUGGUCCUAUGUUCAACCACAUUGCCCAAAAUGCUUAUGAUCUUCUGGUUUGGGUUGCACACAAUUUCUUACCAUGGCUGCCUCACCCAGAUGUUUUUUGUUCAUGCAAUCUUUGCCACAGAGUCAGCUGUUCUGCUGGCCAUGGCUUUUGACCGCUACGUGGCUAUCUGCCAUCCACUUCAUUAUACAGCUAUCCUCAAUGCCACCAUGAUUGGAAAGAUUGGUCUGGCAUGUGUGAUCCGUGGCAUCCUUUUUGUUUUCCCCUUCAUCAUCCUCAUUGAACGUUUACCCUUCUGUGGCCACCACAUCAUUCCCCACACCUACUGUGAGCAUAUGGGCAUAGCCAAGUUGGCCUGUGCCAGCAUCAAGCCCAACACCAUCUAUGGUCUCACUGUGGCACUUUCGAUCACUGGCAUGGAUGUGGUCCUCAUUGCUACCUCCUACAUUCUGAUUCUGCAGGCUGUGUUGCGACUGCCCUCCAAGGAUGCCCAAUUCCGAGCAUUUAGCACGUGUGGAGCCCACAUUUGUGUGAUUCUUGUCUUCUACAUCCCUGCCUUUUUUUCCUUUUUCACUCACCGCUUUGGACAUCGAGUACCUCCUCAGGUCCACAUUGUACUGGCAAAUCUCUAUCUCCUUGUACCACCUGUUCUUAACCCCCUGGUCUACGGCAUUAACACUAAACAGAUUCGCCUGAGAAUAUGGGGCUUUUUUACCGGGAAGAGGUAGCUAUACUCCUUACAUACCCUAAGGACUAAUGGGAGAAGUUCAUUCAUCUCUAACUUUCUUUAGCAUUUCUUAUUCUUGGACUAGAGGUUGCUACUUUUGUUAAUCUUAAGCCACUGUCAUGUAUUAUCUGAGAGUUUUUGAAGUAUUUAGAACAACUCAUCUACAUCUGCUAAUAUACAGAAUGUAAUUUUCCUGUAAAGCUAUCAUGUAGCCCAUUAAUGGACCUGUAGGUCUUCAAUCUUCCUUGGGAAAUGUCAAGAGGCAUUGUAGUAUAUGUGAAAGCAAGAGACAAGGGACGGUUAUUCUCCCCAUGUACAGAAAUCCUAUGUAACAGAGGUAGAGGAAAAGGGGUCAUAAAAGAAUUGUUUACUUAUCAUUUCAAAGAAUUAAGCAAACACACACACACACACACAUAUACAUAAAUACACACACACACACACACACACACACUCAUUAAUUAGUGAAUUAUUCCUAGCACUUUCUUAGACCUAGAGUGUUUUCAGUGAGGAUGUCAGUCCUGGGGAAGAGAUGACUGUGGGAGCCCAAGCCCCUGGAUCUAGGGUUAAGUUUGGGAUAGAUGAUGAUGACUGCCGGGUGACUUGUUACGAGAAGUCUAGAAACAUAUAUGUCUAUAAGAAGUCAUAGCACAUAGUGCUGAGAAAUUACUUCAAAAGAUGUCACUUUACAGCUAAUACACUCACCUUAUAUGUGCAUGGUGGUCUCAACUGGGCUGGACUGAGGUAUAUAUCAUGCUGGGUAAAGUCU